AUGAAAGGGCUAACCCAGUUUAUCACAGAUUUAAGAAAUUCUAAGGACCACGACGAAGAAACCAAGAAAAUUAACCUAGAAAUAACCAACAUACGCGACAAGUUUAAAACAUCAUUAAAUGGAUAUCAAAAGAAGAAGUAUGUUUGCAAGUUGAUCUAUGUAUAUCUACUCGGAAACACUGAGAUUAAUGACUUUGGACUUAAGGAAUCGUUUGAUUUGCUUAGAUCACUGGUAUAUUCUGAAAAGCAGUUGGGAUAUUUGGCGGUGUCAAUUCUCCUCAACAGUAAACGUCACAAACCUUUAAAGGACCAUAUGAAUUUUGUUGUUGAUACGCUUCAUUCUGAUCUUGUUCGAGACUUACAAUCUACCAAUGAAGAGUUUAACUGUUUGGCUAUACAGUUCAUCGCAUCCACAUUCAGCAUUACGGGUACAAAGGCAUUUACGGUUUACGAUACUGAUCGUAAUGCCGACAAAUGGCUUGACUUAAUAGAUAUGACAUAUGCAGCAGCUACUUCUCCAGUACAACAACCGAUUGUCAAAAGAAAGGCAGCUAUCACCCUAAAGGUUUUGUUAGAGAUAUACCCGGACGUUAUUCUCAAGAAUAGCAAUUGGAUCCCUCGUUUACUUAAACUUGUGGAUGAUCCUGAUAUCGGAACUGCCAUAUCCAGUAUUCCACUUUUACAGCUAGUUUUGCAUUUGAAACCACAGUUUGCCAUAUCAAUUGUUCCUUCAAUUUCCCAAAAAUUGUACAAUAUAAUUAUAGAAGGCAAAUGCCCAGCAUCAUACUAUUACUACAAUUCACCAGCUCCUUGGUUAAUCGUGAAAUUAUUCCAGUUAAUGGAACAGUUAUUCUUGUUAACCAACAAAGACGACAACCAAAUUAUAUCUAUAAGUUCGCUUGAUGAACAAACAGUUACAUACUUACGUCAAACUGUUGCUAGAUCUAUUCAAAAUGCAUCACAACCUAUUAAGGGUAUACCUAAUAGAAAUUCCCAAAGUUCAAUUCUUUUUCAAGCCGUUUCACUUGCAGUAUUCUUGGAAGCUUCUACCGAAGCUAUAAAUGGAGCCAUGAAUGCAUUGUUAAUAUUGUUAAACUCGAAUGAAACCAAUACCAGAUACUUGUCCUUAGAUGCAUUGAUUAAAUUAACAGCCAGACUGAACUCUACAUACCUUUCAUCCAAGGAUAAAUUUGAUGAGAUUCUCCCCUUAAUGUUAUUAUUACUUCGUGAUAGAGACAUAUCAGUAAGAAGAAAAUCGUUGGAUUUAUUAUACACAAUCUGCACAUUUUCAAACUACACCACCAUUAUUAGCAAACUCCUCGAUUAUUUUCCCACCGCUGAUUUCACCUUGAAAUCAGAGUUAGCUAUCAAGAUUGCUCAUCUAGCCGAAAAGUUUGCUACUGACUCAACAUGGUAUGUCACAACUAUGCUUAAAUUGCUAUCUAUUGGAGGUGGUUCCAAUUCAAACGAUUCGAACUAUAUGGGUAAUGAGGUUUGGGAAAGAAUUGUCCAGAUAAUUGUCAAUAAUGAGGAUUUACAGAAAAAGACGGCAAAGUUAAUUAUUAAUUUGGUUAAACGAUCCCUUAAUAGAACACCCCAAGGAAAAGCUCCAGCUCCUCCAUUAUCCGAAAGCUUGAUUAAAGUAGCUGCUUUCGUUUUAGGAGAAUAUGGCGAUCAAGUGAUUGAUAUCGAAGACCUAAAUACUGCAAAUCAAUUUCAACUUCUUUAUGAAGCGUAUUUCAAAGUAUCACUCAUAACUAGAGCCAUGAUCCUUUCAACAUUCUUGAAAUUCAUUGUUAAUUUCCCCGAUGAACCUUUCAUUCCCGAUAUUGUUGAUUUGUUUGAAAUCGAAACACAAUCUAUUGAUUUGGAAAUACAAACCAGAGCAUAUGAAUACCUCAAGUUGGUGACAAUUGAACCCCUGUUCAAACUUGCACAAAGCGUUAUCAAGAAGAACUUUCCAAUAUUCAACACUCAAAAGGAAAGUCCACUUAUGGAUAGACUUGGAAGUGUCAAGGAAAUUGUCGGUAGAAAUAGAUCCAGAUCUGUCGUCCUUGCUAAAAACAUCAAUAAAAUCGAUGCCAUUAAUGAAGAAUCGGAAAAUCCAUUUGAAUCUGAGUCUAUCGCUUUGUCACCAAACUGGUAUGCAGGGUAUCACAGAAUGUUACAUUAUGAUGCUGGUAUUUUCUACGAAGAUCAGUUGAUCAAGAUUACAUAUAGAGUAAUAAAGGAAGCUCAUAAUAUCACCAUCAAGUUCACUGUGAUAAACAAUUCUUACAAGACAGUCGGAACCCAAAUUUCUGGAUUCACGGUGUUGAAUUUGGAAUCCUUAACCAAAUCGCAAGAUCCUAAUUAUACAUUACAUAUAAAAUCACUUCCUGAAGCUUCAAUCUAUGACAAAACCACUAUGGAGAUUGAAGUUAAAGUACGAAAUAUUGUUGAGAAUAACGAAAGUCCAGUAUUAUCAAUGACAUUCAUGUGUGGUGGUUCAUUCAACCAUUUGAAUUUAAAAAUCCCGGUAUUGCUCUUGAAGACAUUAGCACCAACUGUUUUGAAUAACACCGAUGAAUUCGCCAAGAGGUGGACCCAAAUUGGAGACGCACUAGGAAUAGACAAGGGUGAACAUAAAACCAGAAUCAUGCUAGCCCAUAGAUACACUUCAUCAAAUGUAUCGCGACUUUUAUCAAGAGUUGGAUUUGCCGUGGUUUUCGAAUCUCCGGAAGCUCCAGAUGCACUUAUAAGAGUUGCUGGUGCCGGUAUUAUCCACACUCAAAAGUCAAACUAUGGUGUUCUUAUUUCUAUUGCUGGUGUAGAUCAAGUUGGCAGGGAAUUAGAGAUUACUGUUCGUUGUACCGGUGGUGGAUUGGCAGAAAUUGUAUGUUCUACAUUGAGUGAAAUAUUUUCAGGAAAGUUGUAA